AUGAAUGAGUCAGGUUCGGACGAGAUCCCUGGAGAUGAUCUGGAUUGUGCUCUGGGUCAGUUUAAACCAGAGGAUAGAAAAUAUUGGUGUUUUCUUCUCUCAUCUCUGUUAACCUUCUUUACUGGAGUUCUGAUGGUGGUUGCUUGUCGUCUUAUCUCCUGUAUAUUCUCUACAGAUCAGGAUGAAAGAAUACAUGCUGGGUUUAUAAAUGAUGCUAAGGAGUGGGCAGGGGAGCUACUCAGUGGACAGACAAAGGCUGGGAAGGCUCUGAAUGUUGUUGUAUUUGUGAUCAGUAUAACUUCUCAACUUAUUUACUUCUAUGAUGCACAGAGUGGGCUGGUGGAGAAAUGUAUUGAUGAUUAUCCAACUUCACUUAAGUUUGAUGUUUCCCUCAACAUCUUGUUCAUGGCUUACUUCUUCAUGAGGUUUAUCGCUGCCAACGACAAGCUUGUAUUCAUGUUCCAGCUCUACUCCAUGGUUGAUUUCUUCACUAUACCGCCAUCCUUUGUUUCUCUCAUCCUUGGCAGGAUAUGGAUUGGGUUACGAUGUCUUCGAAUACUUCGAUUAAACUGUUUCCCUGAAAUCCUCCAAUAUCUCAAUAUACUGGAAACAGCAAGAUCUAUAAGAUUACUGCAGCUGGUUGCCAUGUUUAUGUCAAUCUGGUGGACUGCUGCAGGAUUUAUCCACCUGAUAGAGAACUACGGAGAUCCACCGUUCUUUGAUAAUAAACAGGAACUGUCCUAUUUCGAGUGUGUAUACUGUAUGAUAGUUACCAUGUCUACAGUAGGAUAUGGAGAUAUAUUCCCCGCUACGCUCAUCGGAAGAUUGUUCCAGAUUUUGUUCCUAGUGGUUGGAUUGGCAAUGUUUACCACAGUUAUACCGGAGGCAAUGAUGCUCCUCGGGAACCGGAGGAAAUUCGGAGGCAGUUAUAAAAAUGAGAGAGGGAAAACAUUUAUAGUGGUUUCUGGGCAUAUUACCUUCGAGACAGUCACAAGCUUUCUCUCAGAUUUCCAUCAUGCUGACAGGGAGGAUGUUGAUGUAGAGGCGGUGUUUCUUCAUCCUGAUGAACCAGAGCUGGAAUUUGUCGGCUUUCUCAAGAAAAAGUAUCCACGGGUUAGAUACUUUCAGGGCUCUCUCAUGGAAUCCAUAGAUUUAGAGAGGGUUCAGGCUGAGUCAGCGGAUGCUGUUGUAAUCCUAACCAACAAAUACUGUCAGUUUCCAGACGCAGAGGACGCUUCCAACAUUAUGCGGGUCAUCUCAGUCAAGGAUUACUGUGAUGAAACAAGGGUUAUUAUCCAGCUUCUCCUCUAUCAUAACAAAUCCUAUCUUCUCAAUAUUCCGUCCUGGGACGAGAGCAGAGAUGCAGUCGUCUGUCUGGCUGAGUUUAAACUUGGAUUCAUAGCACAGUCCUGUCUUGCUCCAGGAUUCAGCACAAUGAUGUCUAAUUUGUUUGCUAUGAGAGCUGAUCUAUCCUGCCCUGACCGUCAGCAAUGGCAAAACGAAUAUCUUCAGGGAACGGGUUGUGAAAUGUACACUGAAACUCUCUCUCCGUCCUUCAACGGAAUGACAUUUGUUCAAGCAGCAGAAACAUGCUUUGUUCGGUUGAAACUAUUGAUAAUAGCGAUAGAAGUGACAAAUGAAGAGGGGAAAUCAGAGAUAGCGAUAAAUCCUCAAAGGGUUCGAAUCCGAAACUCUACAGUUGGGUAUUUUAUUGCACAAGAUGCUGAAGAAGUUAAGAGGGUUGUAUUCUUCUGUAAGGCGUGUCACGAGAAUGUGAGAAAUCUGAAUAUGAUUGUUAAAUGCAAGUGUGCUCUUCUUAAAGAACAGGAGUUGGAUAAGAAAGUUGCAAGUCCAAGGAUGCCGAACAGUUUGAGCACUGUAAGUACUGGGAACGGAUUUGCUAUUGGAGCUGGAUCCUUGAACUCACAUUUAUCCAACCAUCUUCUACCAACCAAUAUCAGAUAUAGACCCGGACACCCUGAAACUCCGUCCCGUACUCACGACCCUGAUAUCCAACCCAUCAGCUUGAGCCCUUUUAUCCCUAAGCUCCCAACCUCUCUACAGAAACAACUAGAGAUAGAUUUUGGGUUUCAACGAGCUGAGGACCAGAUAGAAUAUAAGUUUGAUUCAACGGGAAUAUUUCAUUGGUGUCCUGCCAGACCUUUCACAGAUGUUCUAGUCUCCAGAAACCAGAUAUCCCGAAUGGUUCUGAACUCCCAUGUGGUUGUUUGUAUUUUCGCUGAACCCGACGGUCCGUUGAUUGGUCUCCGCAACCUCGUCAUGCCGCUCCGCGCAUCCAACCUUCAAUAUCAUGAACUCAAGCACGUCGUUAUUGUAGGAUGUGCCCAGUAUGUAAAGAGAGAAUGGGAGACUCUCCAGAAUAUGCCAAAGAUCUCUGUUCUGAACGGAACUCCGAUGAGCCGAGCUGACCUGCGUUCUGUCAAUGUAAACCUCUCCGACAUGUGCGUCAUCCUCUCCGCCAAAAUAUCCAAUGUCGAGGAUCCGUCUAUGGCCGACAAGGAGGCUGUCCUCGCCAGCCUCAACAUCAACGCGAUGACGUUUAAUAAAUCUGACAAUCAGAACAUGGAUUUUGGAACAUCCGGACCUCAGAUGAGAAACGGCGAAGUUUUAGGCAGCAGAGUCAGGAUGGUUCUGACUGAGGUUGUAAAUGAUUCCAAUAUCCAAUAUCUGAAUCCAGAUGAUGACGAUGAACCUGGAACUCAGCUCUAUGUUACACAAGCAUUUGCGACUGGAACAGCUUUAGCUGUCUCCGUCCUGGACUCCAUAAUGUCAACAGCUUACUAUAAUCAUCAAGCUCUUACUCUCAUUAAAUCUCUUAUCUCAGGUGGAAUGACCCCAGAACUAGAGAUUAUUCUGGCUGAAGGAGCUGGGAUACAACCUGGAUAUUCAUCACAGAAAUUACUCGAUAAAUGUAAACGAUGUAAACUAAGUCAAAUAUCUAUAGCAGGUUCCCCGCUGGAAAGGUUUGGUUCUGGAGGAAAGUAUGAAGACAUAUUUGUGACAGCUUUGAAAAACCAUGGAAUUCUCUGCAUCGGUUUAUACAGGUACCUGGAUACAUCAGAGAACCCGAAUGCUUCCACUGCUCGCUACGUGAUAACAAACCCACCUGGAGACUUCAUACUUCAUCCUACAGACAAGAUAUUCGUUUUCAUGCCUUUCACUGCAUAGAAUUAUCGUCCGCCAUUUUUCAAGAUUAUAGAAAAAAAAUUAAUUCUUUAACACAUUAGAUAAAAAAAAAUAAAAAUGACAAACUUUAGAAUUAAGAAUAUAAUUUUAAAAUCAAGAUUACAAACUUCAGAAUCAAGAAU